AUGCCGAAAGCAGUUAGCACCGAGGAAGUGAAAGCGCCUGCAGAUGCUGUCGUUGACCAGCUGAGAGCCAAACUAGGGCUUGUAAACAAGCAGAUUUGGUCCAACCCAGAGACUGCAUAUGAAGAGCAUAAUAUUCACGAUGCCCUUUGUGAUUUCUUAGAGAAUGAGGGAUUCCAAGUCACCCGGCAUGCCUUAGGGAUCGGUCAUGCCUGCGGUCACAAUUUGAUUGCCAGCAGUAGUAUUGCUGCCUUUAUAGCACUGUCAACAGUAUUGAAAAGGUUUGGUAUGCCCGGCAGAACGCAGCUACUGGGGACUCCAGCCGAAGAAAAUGGCGGCGGUAAAGCCAAGCUGAUUGAAAAUGGUGCUUACCAAAGGGCCGAUGUCUCGUUGAUGGGUCAUGCUGGUCCGACACGGAUCUUCCCGGAACUGGAAUCAGAUGGGAUCGCGGGUCUGUUAGUCAAUGCUCGCAAAGAAUUCACUUGCGAAUUCAUUGGCAAAAGUGCUCAUGCAGGCGGAAAUCCAUGGACUCGACUCAAUGCAUUGGACGCAUUGGUGACGUCUUAUAAUAACGUCGCCGUUCUUCGUCAGCAAAUCCAACCAGAUGACCGUAUUCAUUGUGCCUUUUUAGAUACUCCAAAAGAUUUAGUGCCUCGUGUUCGAAACUGCAUAGAAGCCGCCGCUCUUGCAACCGGUUGCAAGGUUAAUCUUAUGGAGGACCAGCUCUAUGCUGAUAUUGAAAUCAAUGAGACGCUGUGUGAACGGUAUCAAUUCCACAUGUCUAAGUACGGACGCAAUGUGACCAAGAAUUUUCCCAAAUUCCUAGCAGGGUCAUCGAAUGUUGGAAAUGUGAGCUACAUUAUGCCCACUAUUCAUCCAAUGUUCUCCAUUCAUGCUCCAGAUGGUUCUUUCCCACAUAACCCUUCCUUUGAGACUGCUCCUGGAACUGACGUCGCGUUUGAAGAGGCUUUGGUUGUGGGGAAAUUAUUGGCAUUAAUCGGUUGGGAUGUGCUUACUGACAAUGAUCUAUUGCAACGUGCAAAGUAUCAAUGGAAGCAAGCAACAUCUGAAAAUCAGACCGUGUCAAGACACCUAGGUAGCAAUACCUUGAGUGACUUACUAUAA